UCGAAUUUCCAGCAGUCCUGUUGAACACAUCAACAGGAGAGAUUGAAUCUGAGUUCCACACGUACGUCCAGCCCCAGGAGCAUCCUAUUCUCUCCGAAUUUUGCACAGAACUGACUGGCAUAACACAGAAUCAGGUUGAUGAAGGGGUCCCCCUAAACAUUUGUUUGUCACUGUUUUCGAAAUGGAUUCAAAAGAUACAAAUGGAGAAGAAAAUUGUAUUUGGUACAGACAUCCUAAGUAAUUCUACUUCAGAAGCAAAAGCAUGUACCUUUGUUACUUGGACAGACUGGGACCUGGGUGUGUGUUUGCAUUAUGAGUGUAAAAGGAAGCAGCUGCAAAAACCUGACAUUUUAAAUUCCUGGAUUGAUCUCAAAGCAACAUACAGGGCCUUCUAUAACAGGAAGCCUAAAGGGCUAAAUGGUGCUUUGCAGGAUUUGGGGAUAGCUUUUGCAGGACGGGAACAUUCUGGGUUAGAUGAUUCUCGGAAUACUGCCCAUCUAGCUUGGAGGCUGAUUUGUGAUGGAUGUGUGCUGAAGGUUACUAAAUCUUUGGGUAAGGCACAUAUGAAAAAUAACUUAAUUUCCAGAACACUGACUAUAAACUCCACUGACAAGACUCCACUGGGAAGUAACUGCAGACCUGAAGCAUCUAGAGAUGGAAUUUGCAAAACAAACUCUCUGGCUGAGAAAAACCGGAAUGGUAUUGCUGAAAUUAAGAUAAAUUCUACUGUACAAACUGAGGAACAACAGACCACUUGCACUGAUUCCUCUGCAGCUGUCCUCUUUGUACCUAGUGGCAACUCAAGGGCUGAAUUAGCUGCUCAGUCCCAAAGCUCUUCAACAGCAUCUACUGACAAAUUUCCUGUUCCUCUUGAGCGGGCACGCCAAACUACCAGCAAUGUAUCAACAGGCAUUCGGCAAGGAUUGAACAAUGGGCAACUUCUGAGUAGAGCCAGAUACAACCCUCCGGUACAUGGACCAGGACUAGUGCUUGUCUCCACUACCAUCUCCUCAGUCAAUAUCUCCAAUGAGGAUACCAGUACUAGUUCUGAUUGCUUAUCUCUGCUGACUGACUGGGAAGAUGUUGCUUUAAUACCAGAAUCUCAGUAUGAAGAGAAUUCAGACUGUGUUCAAUUCGAAGAUGACUCCAGUACAGAUAUUUUAACAGUGUCUGAAGAAAGAUCAAUUUUGAAACAAUCAGCUGUAAUGAGUUCAGCUAAUCAAAGUCUGGAGAAAACUGAAGUACCUGUGGGACCUCUGAAAUCAAUUGUUUACAAAAGUCCUGAUGCUACUGUUGGUAAUGUAGGAACAGUACAAAGGCAGACUUCAGAUUUCUCAGCUUUUAAGUUACCAUCUGCAAGGGUAAAUACUAUUUUGACACUAUCAGCAGUAACUGGAAGUUAUUCUACUCCUUCAGAGAUUCCUAAAAGAAAGCCAACUAGUCCAAAAAUGUUCCCACCAGCGAAAAAAAUGCCUUUUGCUAUAUAUCAAGAGAAAAUUGCCUCAUUUGAUUGUUCCUUACCUCUAAGAAGUUCAAAUUUGCCUAGAGUGUCUCCUGCCAUUCUGAACUCCACAGUCAAUUUGAAUCAGUCUGUAAGAGCUGUGAAAACUGGAAAACUAACUCCCCCUCUGUGUAAUUGUGGCCGAAGAGCUAAAAAACUGUAUGUGUCAAAUGCUGGUCCAAAUCAUGGCAAAGCUUUUUUCUGUUGUCCUGUUGGCAAGCACGAAGGUAGUAAGGAAGGUUGUGGAUACUUCCAGUGGGAACAUGCACUUCUAAAAGAGAAAUCUAAUGGUCCUGGCCAGAAUGCAGAUGCUUCGACCUCUCUCAGAACUGUUGCUAAUAGUUUAGGAAAUUCUUCCAAUAAAAAGUAUUUGUGUCUUAGACCCUCUAUGCGAACUUAG